CGCCAUAUUUCGUUGCUGCCCCAUGGUUUAUGCUGCACGGUAUAAAUGAUCAACGUCUUCAAACGAGGUUGUCUUUGAAUUCAACUACAGUUUGGGGACCGCGGAAAGGUAGUUCUGUUUUUGUGUGAUCAUACCUACCUGCUGGUGCUUGCCUUGCUCGCAUUACAAUGGUUGCGUCCUGUAUUGACGUUUGCCUGGGUCCAUCAUCGCUGUGGUGCUGAAAAGAAACGAACCUGUGCGGCCGAAACGAACCUGUGCGGCCGUGGCGAGUGUUUGCUGCUGCGAACGAUGAGGAGGUUUCUGUGGAUCUGCAGCGGUUGAAUUGCACCACCUCGCCCACUUAUUGCUGCGUUCUUGAUUUUAUCCCUCGAAACCUGGACUCUACCGGCGCAGUUUAUGAAGACCCAGUGUGGACAGUAAUGACCUCACCCUCCCAGUUGCCAGCUGGCAGUAACUACAAUGACCGAGCAUCAGAGCUGGCACAAGACAGGCAGCACACAGAGGUGGUCUGUAAUGUUCUUCUGCUGGAUAACACAGUCCAAGCCUUCAAAGUUAACAAGCACGAUCAAGGACAGGUCCUGCUGGAUAUAGUGUUCAAACACCUGGAGCUGACGGAGAGAGACUACUUCGGCCUACAGCUGGCCAACGACUCCUCAGACAGUCAGAGGUGGCUGGAUCCAACCAAACCCAUAAGAAAGCAAUUAAAAAGGGGGUCUCCACACAGUUUAAAUUUUAGGGUUAAAUUCUUUGUAACCGACCCCAAUAAACUUCAGGAGGAGUAUACAAGGUACCAGUACUUUUUGCAGAUUAAACAGGACAUACUUAGUGGAAGACUGCCGUGUCCAUACAUCACAGCCGCUCUUCUUGCUUCAUACGCUGUUCAGUCUGAGCUAGGGGACUACAGUCAGGACGAGAACUUGCCCGGCUACCUCUCCGAAUACUCUUUCAUCCCCAACGCACCACAAGACUUUGAGAAAGAGAUUGCCAAACAGCAUCAGCAACACAAGGGACUGCCUCCUGCCCAGUCAGAGUUCAAUUAUCUAAACACAGCACGGACGCUAGAGCUCUAUGGAGUCGAAUUGCACUCUGCGAGGGAUCAAAGCAACACAGAGAUUUUAAUCGGAGUGAUGUCAACUGGGAUUGUCGUCUAUAAGAACAGGGUACAAAUCAACUGCUUUCCAUGGCUACAGAUUGUAAAGAUCUCGUUUAAAUGUAGACAGUUUUUUAUUCAACUCCGAAGAGAGUUGAAUGAGAGCCGUGAGGCGCUGUUAGCCUUUAACAUGGUGAACUACCGAGCCUGUAAGAACCUAUGGAAGGCCUGUGUAGAGCACCACACCUUCUUCAGACUGGACCGACCCUUACCACCACAGAAGAACUUCUUUGCACAUGUCUUCCAACUGGGCUCCAAGUACCGCUACUGUGGUAGGACAGAGGUGCAGUCUGUCCAGUACGGCAAGGAGAAGGGCAUCAAGGACAGGGUGUUCGCCAGGUCUCCCAGUAAGCCCUUGGUGAGGAGGGUGAUGGGUGGAGGGAUGGACUGGGAGUCAGUCAGCCGGAACUCCAGAGCCUCUCUGUCUGACGACCGCCUGGAGACCCAGAGCCUGCCCACACGCUCCCCACCAGGCACCCCCAACCACAGGAACUCCAAGUUUGCACAAGAGCGCCUGCGGCCGUCCUCCGUGGGACACCUGCUGGACCAUGUGCUCUACUACGACCAUGCCUCGCCCUGCCCGACCUUCACCAAUCACAAGUCAGCCUCCUCAACCCAGGCCAACUCCAUCAGCCUAGAUUCUACCCCGUCACCAGACUCGACCGUCGACGGCCAGCCGCCCGCUCUUCCCCCUAAGCAGACCAGGAGGCCUCUGUCCAGCCAGUCCCAGUCCCACUCUCAGCAGGAGUUGGACAACCACAUCAAUGAGCUGUACGACACGCCUCUGUCAGAAGACAAGACUAUGCCCAAUGGAGUGCUUCCUCAUGACAAUCUGGUGUUCAUUAAAAUGUGCCCCGACGAACAAGGACGAUUUGGAUUCAAUGUGAAGGGUGGGCUGGACCAGAAGAUGCCUGUGAUCGUGUCCCGAGUGGCCCCGGGAACAGCGGCUGACCUGUGUAUUCCCCGGCUGAACGAGGGAGACCAGGUGGUUCUGAUUAACGGUCAGGACAUCUCAGAGCACACCCACGACCAGGUGGUCAUGUUCAUCAAGGCCAGCUGUGAGGAGAGCGACUCAGGAGAGCUGAACCUGCUGGUCAGACCCAACGCCAUGUAUGACCUGGUGGAGGAGGAGAAGCUGGAGGAUGGAGAUACGGAGUCUAACUACCAGUACUCCCCAGAGAGGGCUCCCCAGGACCAGCCCCAGGACCAGCCCCAGCCAGACCACCACCCAUCCUGCUGGAGAGACUCCAUACUACAGCUGAAAGAAGGCUUGAGCACUGGGGCCGUACAGCAACAGUUUGAUCAACUCUACCGGAAAAGGCCUGGAUUGACAAUGUCAUGUGCCAAAUUACCUCAGAACAUUUCCAAAAAUCGAUAUCGAGACAUUUCACCAUAUGAUGCAACCAGGGUUAUUCUGAAGGGCGAGGAUGGGGACUAUAUCAAUGCAAAUUACAUCAAUAUGGCGAUCGCAGCGUCCAGUGCUGUAAACCGCUACAUCGCGUGCCAGGGCCCGCUGCCCGCCACCUGCUCUGACUUCUGGAGGAUGACUUGGGAACAGGGCUCCAACAUGGUGGUCAUGCUCACCACGCAGGUGGAGAGAGGACGGGUGAAGUGUCAUCAGUAUUGGCCCAACUCUGGUGCCAUCGCUACCCAUGGGGACUUCCAGGUGUCCUGUGUGACAGAAGAAGGGAAAUCAGCAUUUCUGGUCAGAGAGAUAACUCUCACACACCUGCAAAGUGAAGAGAGCAGGCCGCUGACUCAGAUCCAGUACAUGGCCUGGCCUGACCACGGUGUUCCAGACGACUACACUGACUUCCUGGACUUUGUCAGUCUGGUCCGCAGAAAGAGGGAGGGCAAGGAGGAGCCGGUGAUAGUACACUGCAGCGCUGGGAUUGGUCGGACUGGGGUGCUCAUCACCAUGGAAACAGCCAUGUGUUUGAUUGAGUGCAAUCAGCCUGUGUAUCCGCUGGAUAUCGUGAGGACAAUGAGAGACCAGAGGGCCAUGAUGAUCCAGACCCCGAGCCAGUACAGGUUUGUCUGUGAGGCGAUCCUCAAGGUGUACGAGGAGGAGCUGGUCAAACCGCUGACGCCCACAAAGCCCCUGACACCCGUAGAGUCUCUGACGCCCACAAAGCCCCUGACACCCGUAGAGUCUCUGACGCCCACAAAGCCCCUGACACCUGUAGAGUCUCUGACGCCCACAAAGCCCCUGACACCCGUAGAGUCUCUGAAGCCCACAAAGCCCCUGACACCCGUAGAGUCUCUGACGCCCACAAAGCCCCUGACACCCGUAGAGUCUCUGACACCCACAAAGCCCCUGACACCCGUAGAGUCUCUGACGCCUACAAAGCCCUUGACGACUUUAGAGCCCCUGACACCCACAAAGCCAGAGGUAGAGACAGAGACAGAGUCGGCUUUAGACCUUCUGGGACUGACUGACUGACUGACUGACUGACUGACUGACUGACUGACUGACUGACAUUGACUGACACAGGGCUGCAUGGGCCUAAGCACCACCCUCUUCUUCCACAGCCUGUCUGUCUGUCUCCCUUUCUCAGUCACAAUAGUUUCUUCCCACAUCUUGAGUCUGGCAAGAGAAACUAGUCACAACCAUGGAGACAACUACCGAACAACCACUCAAACUGGCCUGGGAGGGGAAACAAAGCACUGUUGCACUUUAUGACGACAAAACGCGAUACUUUGGAACGAAAGAAGAAAAAGAAGAACAGAAGUUACGAUGAUCAACUGGAAUUUGGGAUGUUAGCAAGUGUCCCGGAUCAAGAGAGAAGUGAGAAACAGAACAGUAGCUGGGUUGGAUUAGAUUGCUGUAGUGUCAGUACUUUCAGACUAACCUUCAUAAUGAACAGGACAACUCAAUGGAAAGUGGACUGACGUUUGUUUUCAACCCAUCAGUGCAUCAUCACCAGGUGUCAUAUCAGUGGUUUCUUCACAGACUAGUCUCUGUCUUUGAUCACUCCGUAGACUUAAGAGUCAACGUUCUAUUUUUAAAUCAAAAACUAUUCAUCAUCAACUAAAGAUCCGUUCAGAAGUGUGUUGACCCUCUCUGUAAGGUCCUAGUAAAGCUCUCUGACUUCUACUCUAUGGCACUACUCAUCUUAUCAUCUCAUUAUUUCCCUCAUUGAGGCUAUAGGUUGUCUGAUUGUUUCGAUCAGAUGGGUACUUUUUUGAGCUUUUAUAUUUAUUAGUCUGUAGGUUGGAAUCAUCUCCAGUGCAAGUUCUUACAGCUCCAAGUCCUUUGUGAAGGUGUUCCAAACCAGGGUAAAGGCAGGGUAGGUUAGGAGCAAUGGAUGCUGCUGAGGGGAGGACGGCUCAUAAUAAUGGCUGGAGUGCGGUCAUUGGCAUGGUAUCAACCACAUGGGAAACCACGUGUUUGAUGCCAUUCCUUCGACUCUAUUCCAGUCAUUGUUAUGAGCCGUCCUCCACUCAGCAGCCUCCACUGGUCAGGGGAGGCAUCCUGCCUCCUUUACCAUCUCAUUAGCUGAUUACCUGUCAUUGAGCUCGGCACUACGUGGUGGUGGUGUUGCUGGGUUUUUUUUGAGGCAGCUAUUCAACUUUGAUUCGAGAUGGCUCAUCAUGUGAUGUUACAUCGGUCUCUCCAAGAUACUAUGCGACUAGCCCAAAUCUGGGUAGUAUUUUUAUGCAGGUUUUGUUAUUGCUAGUAACAUAGAAUGAUCUUGCCAUGCAGGAUUGGGUCGGUACAGUACAAAGGUGGUUUAUCAAGUGUCAUUGCAUCAGAUUUUGAAAUUGAAUAUGAGGUAUUCAGAGCUCUCUGAAUAAGAGUAUUGGGGGUUUUGGUACCAUGGUACUGUACAUUGGGAUUUUAUGCAGUUGGUGUACAGUACAUACAGACGGUACAGGACCAAUAGGUUUUUAGCCUUGUGAGUAAAACAAAAUGUUUUCAAAUUAACCAUGUGUUGAAAAGCUAUAAGGCUCAAGCGAUAGAUUUGCUUCUGAUAUUUUUACAAGAGACCCUUUUUGCUUCUUGGGAAUGGACAGCACUUUUCAACUGAACGUGUAGCAUAUUUGCUGCUAUGCAUGAUUAGACCCCAAAAAAUUAUUUUGGAAUUGUAUAUAAUUGUAUCAAUUUUUGUUGGAUGUAGACACCACUAUAGGAAAUUUAAGCUUAUAUGGUGUCAUCUAGAUUUGUGUAAUGUAACUAGUGUAAAUUUACUAUGUUAUAAAUUAAGACUUAAUGAAAUUAAAAUAAUGUGAGACAAAGUUAUUUUUAUAAGAACAGAAAAGUUCAAAACUUUUCCACUGUAAAGUCCUGCUGGAAUUAGACAUUAUUGUUAUGGGAAAGCAUUGCAAUAGAUGUAUGCUGUGUAAAAGUGCUCUCCAUAAGUCCAGUGGCAGUGGAAAGAAUUGGGACGGGCAACAUGAAACUCUGUACACUGACAAAUAGAUGAAUUAAUCACCAUUAAUACUGUUAUCUUUUGACAAUUUAAACCCGCAUAGUGAUUUUAUUCCCAUGAUUUCUGGUUGAAUCAAUAGAUGUGAUUGUGCUUUUGAAAUCAGAAAGCUGGCUUGGUCAAACUUAAUGUAGCUGAUACUUCUGCAGUGGGUUUAUGCAGUACCUUGCUGACAAUGUUUACAAUGGUUCGUGAGUUAGUUUUGUGAUUUAAAAAGGAUGUGUAUCUACUGAAAGUCAGUGUGUUUACAAAAGCUGUUGUGCGACAGGGAACUUCGGCCCAAUCAGAUCACCCACCACUGUGUCCCCAAUGGCACCCUAUUCCCUAUGUAGUGCACUACUUUUGACCGGGCUCUGGCCAAAAGUUGUGCACUAGAUAGGGAGCCAUUUGGGACUCAGACGGUGUCUACCACUUCAACAUGAAAUAGACUGAGGCACUGGAAUGUUUAUUUUACCAGGUUGUCCCAUUCAAGGUCCAACACCUCUUUUUCAAGGGAAACCUGGAUCAUAUGUUUGGUUUUUAUUGCGCGAUGCUUUUCUACCUGAUCAUCAUCAUCAUCACUUAGUAAUAGUACAACAUUCUGCACAACUGUGAUGUAAAUAUAAGCUUCAUCUGUGAACUAGUGAAAUAUAUUUAAAGAUCAAUCAGGAGGAUGUACAAAUGUAAUGUUUGUGGUGAAGCUGUACAGAAAUUGAAUGUAUCCAUCUCCAUCUUUUAGUUUGCUCGAAAACGUAAGGGAUGUACAAUUUUACUUUUGAGGGGAAAUAUUUUUCAUACUACUGUACUUGUAAAUGCAGGUAAAUAUCAGAUUCUCAAUUGUGUCUCAAUGGGCUCUGCCUGGUCUGCGACAUGCUCUGUGUUUUUGUUGUAAAUAGGAGCCAUAUCAUGUCAGUGAAGUGCCAAUGUUCUGUAAGUAAAGUCUAAUUUCUGCUGUA